AAAAAAACGAUACUAAGGUAGCAGUCAUGGCGACCACAGCGGCGACCCGAACGGCAGCUGGUGCCGCCAGAGUUGUCAAACCAAUUUUUAGCCGGGACCUAGACGAAGCUAAGCGCAGGGUCCGAGAGCUGUACCGGGCCUGGUACCGAGAGGUCCCUAACACAGUGGCAACGUUUCAGCUGGAUAUCACAACACGACAGGGAAGAGACAAAGUGAGGGAGAUGUUUGACAAAAACAAGCAUGUCACCGAUCCCCGUGUCAUUGACAUGCUAGUCAUUAAGGGGAAAAUGGAACUCCAGGAGACAAUCCAUGUCUGGAAGCAGAAGACUCACAUGAUGCGCUAUUUCCACGAGACCGAGGAACCUCGUCCUACUGAUUUCCUGUCCAAAUUCUACCGGGGUCAUGACCCAUGAACUGUGUAGAUUUUUGCUUACCUUUGACCCCACUUUGCCUGUGUCCAGUGUGACAGAUGUUCCCCUUUACUGUAAAUACACACGUAACUCUCA